CCAUUACCCCCGCAAUCUCCUCUUCUCUCCUCUCUCUACCCUACAAAAAACCCUAAACCCUACUGCUCUCGCCCUCGCCCUCGCCCUCACCCUCACCCUCACCCUCGCUCUCUCUCCUCCUCAAUGCUGUGACCAUCGCACGCGGCGUGCACCGCUGCUCCGAUCGGGGGCCAUGGCGACCUCCCGCGACGUCCGCGAGGUCAUCGCCAAGCUCUCCUCCGACAAGGCCAAGUCCCGCGAGGAAGGGGUGAGGCUGCUGAGCACCUGGCUCGAAGGCGAGAGGUCGAUCGGGUUCUGCAGGCUCCUCGGCCGCAACACUGCGAAGGUCAAGCGCGGAGAUAUUCCCGGCGCUGAGACGUGGCCUUUUAUGAUUACUUUGCUCACAAAGUGUGUGGCAUUGGAGAUCUCCGCGAGCAAGAAGCGUCCGCCGAAGAUUAUGCUUGCAAAGGCUCUUCGGGCUGCAGUACAGUGUGCGGAAGAUUCGAAGCUUUCAGGAAAGCCCCUACUUCUGCUUUCUGUUGGUAAAUUGCUCUUCAAUCACAUUUGGGAUGUUAUAAAAGAUGUUCCUAGUUUCCACUCGGAAUACGCUAGCAUUCUUCGGCAUCUAUUAACAAUUAAAGAAUACCGAUAUGAGAUGAGGAAUCGGAUUUAUUGCAGUCUUGUCAUUCUUUACAUGAACAAGGUUGUAACAGGCCUAGAUUCAAAGAGUAAUAGUCAAACCAACACUAAGGAGGAGGUCUUCCGUUAUGUCCUAACCCUUCACGUUCUGUUGGAGAACCCGCCUGGUGAUUUUCCUGCUAACUUAAGGGAGGAUGUUGUUAAGGGCUUUAGUGAAAUUUUUGCACAUGUUAGGGACGAGGGGAAGGUUUCGCGCAAGCUUAUGGAAUGCAUUAAUACAUACUUGUUGAAAGAUGGGCCAAAUCUUGGAUGCCAAGCUAUGGAAAUCCAUUCUGCAGUACAGGAAUUUAUGUUCCAUUGUUGGCUAACUACUCACGAUCGUGGAAUGAAGAAUCUAUUUAUUAUUUAUACAAGAGUCCUGCUGAAGCUCAAUAGGGGUACUUCAGAAGGAAGCCGACUUGUAGAACAACUUCUUGACAUCAUUAUCAAGGAAUUAGACCAAAGCAUUAGUAGCGGAGCUGCUUUUCUCUGGGCUGAGAUACCUAGAGAUGAGAAGGCUGGAUCAUUGGGAAGUAUCCAAGAAGGAUUCAUGGAACUUGCUGCUGCAGUUUUAUAUCAGGCUUGCAAAAACACCGUAAAGACAUCGUACAAAGAGAAGCGAUUGAAGAUGGUACAUACUGCUGCUGUAAUCAAGGAUGGUAUCAGCAAAGAUUCUUGGGUGUGGUGUAGUGUUGUUUCUUUUCUUAUUCAUAACUAUGGAUGCCGUAUAGACAAGGCUUCGGUGGUCAGUUGGUUUGAAGCCACUUGCAACAGUUUAAAGAGGAUUUUGAAUAAUACAAAUGCUGUGCAAUUCCAAGAUGCUCUUGUGUGGCUUUUGCGGGCAUUGCAAGAAUUUUCUUCUGUGCUUCUAGCUCACAAUUCAAAGGAGCUGUCAAGAUGUUUAUCAUUGACAUUCAGCGAGAUCUCCCUGCUUAGAAAUUUUUGGCAAGAUAUUUGGAGUUCCUUGAUGCAUGGACUUCUGAUUCUCAGCUCUGUGAAUUCAGUUGUCGAUCUGGCUUUGAUCCUAUUGGGUAAUAUGAUUUUACGGGACCAAAUAGGUGCAGCUUUCGUGCCCCAAGAAGUAUGGGAUCUGCGAAUUUUUAAGCAUAUGCCAUCAUCGUCUACUUUGUAUUUCAUCGCUUGUUAUUUCUCCCGAGCUGGUUUUCAGGGUGAUUUUCGUGAUAUCAUAUUUGUGAGGAAGAAUCUUUUAAGAGCAGCCCUGGAGUCAGUUAACUUGAAGGAGCCUAUGGUUUUGAAUGACCGGAGUGUCAUUCUCGUUCCCGAAGCCAUUUUUUCUCUUUCUGCUGGUUGUUUGUCUUUUUUAACUACGUCUGGAGCUAUGUCAGGAUUGUUGGGUGCAGAUGAAGACCGUGGUAAGCUGUUGUUGAUGGAAGAUGGAGACCAGGGGCUUGUAGAUGAUUUUAUAGAAUAUUCUGUUGAAGCUUUAGCUGAAAUUGUACCUGAAACUUCUGUUAAGGUGAAAGGUGAGAAAUGUCACAGGACACACCUUCCCAGGUUGAUCAGGCAGCCAUUGAUUCAGGAGAUAACAGAGAACAUCAAUGGCUUUGUGUUGUCAAAUAAAGAUUUUGGUGGAACAGAUUUGUCAGUUCUCAUCUAUAGUUGCUCACUUUUCUGCAAUAUGAUUUACUGUGCAAUAUUAGCAAGGUUUAAAGAAGAAAAUUCUUCUUUGCUCAGAAUGCUGUUUAACUAUGUUUCCAAAGUUCUGGAUCAUGUCGCUUUAAUGUUUGAAGAGAAGUGUAGUGAGAUUGAGUGUCAUGGCUUUGCUAGUAUAACCUCUAUAUGUGAUUCAUCUGGGUCCACUUUUUCAGCACUUCGCAGCUUGAUGUCCUCCCCACUUCUUAGUCUCUGGAAACUUGAUGGUUAUAUUAAUCGCGAGGUUCUUCAUGGAGUCAUUCAGUCACUCGAGAAACUUUUGGUCGCUCUGUCUAAACUGUUUGCUGUCUUUGGCAGUUGUGGAAAUGGUCAUGAUGCCAAUAUUGAUAUGCAAAUAUUACCUGUAUCUUCUACAAACUCUCCAGAUGAAUCCAACUCCUUGGGUGAAUGCAAAAUGCAACUCGUUGAUAUGGAUUUAGAUGCAAAUGAUAAUUCUAGAGAUAUUGAUUCUCUUAAUGCUAGUGGGAGCAGAAAUUUAGCUACUUCUUCCUGUACUUUGCAGUUUAAGUUAGACUUAGUCCUGAUGGUUACCACUUUCUUUUCUGUGUCUCCUCUUCAUGCAUGGGAGAUAUUGUUUAAUUUGAUGGGGAAAGAGAAUGAUGUUAAGGUUCGUAGGAAUAUGCUAAUUAAUCUCUGCAAGAAUUUCCCUGGACCUGCUGGAAGUCUCUCUGCCCUGGUCCAUUAUAUAAAAGAUAUGAUGGUGGAGAAUGCAAGUCUCAAGUCUAGCUGCUCACACAUUUUAACCAGCAUCCAUGUUUUGUUACGAACCUUGCUAUCUAUUAGUUCUGACAGAAAAUUUAUCAGUGACAUGUUGUCAGAAGAGAUCCUAAAUAUUCUAUCUGAUUCUUUAAACAAAGUUGCUGAGAUUGGUUUUCCAGACUGGUAUCUUCGCAUCAAACUGAUUGAUUGUAUUUCCUUGUUUAUUUCUCUCGAACCAUGCAGUGCCCAGAUCAUGAUUGAACGGCUUCUUGCAAUGCUUCAAGAUAAUGACUAUCGAGUAAGGCUCUUUUUGGCAAGAAAAGUUGGUGUUCUUUUCCGAACAUGGGAUGGUCAUAAUGAGUUAUUCCAUGAUAUUUGCUCAAGUUUUGGUGUGGACAUGGUGAGGUUCUCAAAAGAGAAGUUGGUCAAAUCUAGAGAAAUCUUAGCUGCUGGUCCUCAGUCCGCAACAGUUUUGGAGACUGCCCUUGUUACCCUUGCCCAUCUUGCAUUACAUAGCGAGGCUAUUGAAGUUGAGGCUGUGUUUAUGUUGUGCGUGGUGGCUGCUGUUAACCCUUGUCAGCGGGAAUUAACGUAUUCUUUACUUGAUAGUCUCUCAAGACAGCUCUGUUAUCUCUCUAGGACUAAGUAUUUGGAGCAACUUCUGGGAUCUGUUCUUGCUCGCUGGGUUGUUUGUGAAGUAAGCUUAGUGGCACUACUUGAGGUGCGAAAUCUCUUCAAUCAUCAAUUAUCAGAUGCGAAAUGUUUCAUACAACAUUGUUGCCCCUGGCUUCUUCCUCCACUUAUUUUGAGAGGAGACAUCACAAAUCUUAAUUGGGUAUCAAAGGUUUCUUCUCUGCCUUUGGCUAAUCUCAUGAAGGAAUACUUUGUGCCUAUUUUCGCACUUUGCAUGGCGGUGCAUUGCAGUGAAGGACCAGACAAGGAAGUUGCAGGAACAGUGCUUUCUGAGUCAAUUUUGCAUUUUGCUGAAAUUUCAGAGCUAGAGAGGGAUGAUCUAAUAAAGAGACAUAUGGUGGCGAUAGUUGGCUUUCUUCUCUCGCUCACCUCAUCUGCUCCUGAACCAGAAAUGCCUUUCUUUACCAAGAAGACAGUGGUGCUUUCAAUAAAAACAAUUGUUGAUGGUUUUGUGGAAACGGAUAAUAAUCCCACCAAUGUUUGCGUUGUUGACAAAAUCAACAUUUUCCGGCCUGAUAGAGUUUUUAAGUUUUUGGUAGAAAUGCAUUUCCAGAUUACUGCUUCUAGUCAUCCUCGGCAUACGUGCCAUCGGCUGUCUGCUAUUGAAGUUCUUGUUCUUGUAAUUGGGCAUAGAGCUAUUAUUUCUAGCACUUCGCACUAUAUCAUUAGUAUCAUGGGGAACUUUAUUGGUACUCGACCUUUGCAAGACCCAUGUUGUCUUAUUCUGUCUAAAGUGGUCGAUGCAUUCAAAGCAAACCCUUCUAAGGAAGUAGUGAGUGUGCUUGGCGAACAACUUCAGUUUUUGGUUUCAAAGUUGGUUGCUUGUUGCAUACCUCUCAAGUAUGAAGGGGAAGCAGCUGUUUUGCAUUCCUCGGGAGUUAUAUCCCUCCUGCAUCAGCUAACUGUGGAUGCUGACCCUUCACUUUAUGAUUACAUAAGGGAGUUGGAGCCUUUUCCUAAACUUGAUUGCUUGAAGAGGAUACAGAUAUUCCAUGACGAUCUUUCCACUGCCUACUCUCCAAGGGAUCAGUUUUUGAAGUUUGUAAAGAAAGCUUAUUACCUACCACAAAAGCUGCGUCUGUUGAGUCUUCAAGCUCUUCAUGAGAAGUUAAUUUUGGGAGAAAUCAUCCAUAGAGAACCAAAUUGCGUAGAUCAAUCACAAGAAAGCAGCUGCUGGAACACUGAUCCGCAUGUUGUUUCUGCUGUUUGGACGCUUGUUGAUCUUUGCAAUCCAGCUGAGGGAAAUGAUAUGGGAGCAGUUCUUGCUGAUUUUAUAUCUAGAGUUGGGAUUUGUGAUCCAUAUCAAGUUGUUUUUAAUUUACCUAAGGAUAUCCAUCAGAUGCAUCCCUUCAAGUCAUCAAGCUUUAUUUGUUCAAAGGAAGCUAAAUUCCAUACUGAUACUGGGGUUUCGGAAGAGCUUUUAGCUGAUCUAUUAAGGCUACUGAAGAAGUACUUAUUGGAUGAUUCUGUGAAGACAGUGGAUGUGGCUUCACAAACGCUAAGGGGAAUUCUUUCAACAGAGAAAGGUCAGAAUGCAUUGGCAUCACUGGGUUCUUAUGAGAGAUCUUUACUUGCGGUUCAUUCCAAAGGUGUUAACUUGCCAACAGUUGAAAAGUUACUGAUGGAUUCUGAAAAGAACUCUUGUGCUUCUUUAGAAGAUUCUUCUCUCUGGGGGACAGAAGCAAAAACCUAUGAUACAUGGGUGUGUUCCCUUGUGCACUCACUUGUUUGUCAUUGCGAUGAUAUAAUUUUAAGACUCUGUCAAAAUAUAGUCUUGUUGAAGGCUGAGACAGCUGAGCUUCUGUUUGCUAGCGUGCUGGUGAGCCUUGCGGGAAAGACUGACUCUAAUGCUGCCCUUUGUAAAUUAAUCUCAACGAAGAUUCGGGAAAACAUUUUCUCUGAUUCAAAUAAUCUGAUCAAGUCAGUUCAGGUCUUAUUGGAAGCAUUAAAUGAAAUCAGAUCUUUUUAUGUUACUGAAAGAGCUGGAUCUUUUUCUGCGGCUCUGAAAAAUGACAAAACCUCGGCGAAAUUUCGAUCCGAAAGAAGUAAAGAUCGAUCAUUCAGUGCUCUCCAGUUGACUUCCUUGUGGCAAAAGGUGUACUGGCUUUCCGUUGAUUAUCUUGUGGUUGCUAAAGCAGCAAUUCGUUGUGGAUCAUACUUCACAGCAGUAAUGUAUGCGGAACUCUGGUGUGAGGAACAUUUUAAUGGUCUGGCAUUAGGCCCUCCUGAUUUUUCACAAGAAGAGUUGUUGCCUCCACAUAUUGAUCUAUUGGUUGCAGCAUUCAAACAGAUCAAUGAACCUGAUAGCAUCUAUGGAAUCAUCCAGUCAAAUAAGAUAGCAUCUCAGAUUGUCAGAUUUGAGCAUGAGGGAAGUUGGAGUAAAGCUCUGGAGUACUAUGACUUACUAGUUAGAUCUUCUCCGAUUCAACAUAUGGGAGCUUCAUCGGGAAAACUGUAUGCUGAUGGCUCUCAUGCCUCUUUUCGAGGAGAAAAAGUGGUAAAUUGGGAACUACACAAAGGUCUAAUGAGAUCUUUGCAGAAAACUGGUUGCACUCAUCUCCUUGAUGUUUACUGCCAAGGUUUAGUUAACCAGAAAGGCUAUUUUCAACAUGACUCCGAGUUAACAGAUAUACAGUAUGAAGCUGCUUGGAGGGCUGGGAAUUGGGAUCUCUCAUUUUUCACUCCAGGUGCUAGUGUUACAGAUACUACCCAACACAUGAACAGCAGUCUAUUCAAUGAAAGCUUACACAGAUGCUUGAGAGCUUUUCAGGAGGGUGAUGCUGAUGAGUUCGGUAUGAAACUUGCAGAUGCGAAGAAGGAUCUUGUGUUGUCUAUAUCAAAUGCAAGCAAGGAGAGUACCAAGUAUAUCCAUUCUAGUAUUGUCAAACUUCAGAUGUUAGACCACCUUACUAUGGCUUGGAAUUUGAGGUGGAAGUCAUAUCCACAACUAAUAUCGAAAUCUGACCUUAAAGUCAAUCAUCUAUUUCCCGAACCUGUUCUACCUUCAAGAAUUGAGCUAGAGUUGUUGAAUGAAGAAUGGAACUUCAUUCUACAGCACUUGCAGCUCGACCUUGAUUUGCUGGAGCCCUUCAUUGCCUUUAGACGCGUGCUUCUUCAGAUUGUAAAUUGCAAAGAAUGCACGGUGGAACAUCUGUUGCAAUCUGCUUCCACACUGCGUAAGGGUUCGAGGUUUUCUCAGGCUGCUGCUGCUUUAUAUGAGCUCAAGGAACUCAGUUGUCAGACCCAACAACAAGCUACAUCACAUACUUACUUUGUUGCUAGGCUUGAAGAAGCUAAACUACUGCGGGCUCAAGGCCAGCAUGACAUGGCUAUCAAUCUUGGAAAAUACAUUAUACAAAAUUAUCCGAAGGAAGAGGAGAUCUCAAAUGUGUACCGAUUAGUUGGGAAGUGGUUGGCUGAAACUAGAUCGAGCAACUCAAGAACUAUUUUAGAGCAAUUCUUACGGCACUCGGUAGAACUCAGUGAGGCGAGCAAGAAUAAGGAUAAAAAGGCGGUAUCCCGACAGUGUCAGUCAUAUUUCCAUUUGGCACAUUAUACAGAUGCUCUAUCUAAAAGCUGUGAGGAAAGGCUAGCAUCCAGUGAAUGGCAAGCAGCUAUGCGUCUGAGGAAACACAAGACCAGAGAGUUGGACGCACUGAUUAAAAGGCUAAGAUCUUCCUCAAAGGGUGAGAAGACUGAUUACUCUGUAAAAAUUCAAGAAUUACAAAAACAACUUACUAUGGACCGAGAAGAGGCAGAGAAGCUUCAGGAUGACAGGGACAACUUCCUCAACUUAGCUCUGGAGGGUUAUCAGCGUUCUCUUGUCAUAGGCGGAAAAUAUGAUCUGAGAGUGGUAUUUCGAUUGGUUUCCUUGUGGUUCAGUCUUUUUUCGAGAGAGCACGUCGUGAAAGCAAUGAUUCGAACAAUAAAGGAGGUUCAGUCAUACAAAUUCAUACCGCUAGUUUAUCAGAUUGCUUCAAGACUUGGUAGUUCAAAGGAUGUUCUAGGGUCCAACAACUUUCAGAUUGCAUUAGCUUCUCUUGUUAAGAAAAUGGCCAUUGAUCAUCCAUACCAUACGAUGUUUCAGCUUCUUGCUCUAGCAAAUGGCGACCGUGUCAAAGACAAGCAAAGGAGUAGAAGUUCCUUUGUUGUAGAUAUGGAUAAGAAACUCGCUGCAGAAAAUCUCUUAAACGAGUUAUCCUCAUGCCAUGGACCUUUAAUUCAACAGAUGAAACAAAUGGUUGAGGUUUAUAUCAAACUCGCUGAAUUAGAGACGAAAAAGGAGGAAACAAACAAAAGAAUUCCAUUACCAAGAGAUAUCCGUAGUCUUCGGCAGCUUGAACUUGUGCCGGUUGUCACAGCUACUAUUCCAGUUGACCCAAGUUGCCAGUAUAGAGAAGGUUCCUUUCCACAUUUCAAGGGUCUAGCAGAUUCCAUUACGGUGAUGAAUGGCAUAAAUAUUCCUAAAGUAAUUGAGUGCUUAGGCUCGGAUGGCCGUAAAUAUCGUCAACUUGCAAAAUCUGGAAAUGAUGACCUACGCCAAGAUGCUGUUAUGGAACAAUUUUUUGGUUUGGUAAACACUUUCCUACAAAACCAUAGAGAUGCAUGGAAGAGGAGAUUGAGAAUUCGUACAUACAAGGUGGUUCCUUUUACACCAAGCGCAGGUGUGGUUGAAUGGGUUGAUCGGACUGUUCCACUUGGCGAAUAUCUUUUAGGAAGCACAAGAAGUGGUGGAGCACAUGGACGCUAUGGAGUAGGUGACUGGUCAUUUCUCCAAUGCAGGGAGUACAUGACAAGUGAAAAGGACAAGAGGAAGGCAUUUCUUAAAGUCUGUGAAAACUUCAGGCCUGUGAUGCACCACUUCUUUCUGGAGAGAUUCUUGCAGCCUGCUGAUUGGUUUGGGAGCCGACUUUCUUAUACAAGAAGCAUAGCAGCAAGUUCAAUGGUGGGCUACAUUGUAGGGCUAGGUGAUAGGCAUUCUAUGAAUAUUCUCAUAGAUCAAGAUACCGCAGAGAUUGUACACAUCGAUCUUGGUGUUGCCUUUGAGCAGGGCCUCAUGCUUAAAACACCCGAGAGAGUUCCAUUUCGGCUGACGAGGGACAUUAUUGAUGGAAUGGGUGUUACUGGCGUCGAGGGUGUUUUCAGAAGAUGCUGUGAGGAAACUCUCUCUGUCAUGAGGACAAACAAGGAAGCUUUGCUAACUAUUAUUGAAGUCUUCAUCCACGACCCUCUCUAUAAGUGGGCACUGUCUCCUUUGAAAGCUUUACAGCGUCAGAAGGAAACUGAUGAUGGCGUAGAGUCGUGUUUGGAGAGCUCGCAAGAUGCUUACGAGGGCAACAAGGAUGCCGCCCGUGCUAUACUGCGAGUCAAACAGAAACUGGAUGGAUAUGAAGAAGGUGAAAUGAGAAGUGUUCAGGGCCAGGUGCAACAACUCAUACAGAAUGCGGUGGAUACGGACCGAUUGUGCCAGAUGUUUCCAGGUUGGGGUGCUUGGUUAUGACUGGGAGAAAAAAGUUGCAACAACCGAUCUUUCUUUCCAAGAGACGAUCGAGCACGCACACCCAACUGAAGGAUUUUUUUUUGGGUUUCCUCCUCGCUAUCUGUCUAAGGAAAGAAGAAAAUGGAAGUUCCUGAUUUUCUAUCGCUUGCCACUGGUUAGCGGAAGCCUCUUUUUGUUUUCUUGAGGGGGAAAAAAAUUUCUUAUCGUUGUAUAGUACUGUUUUCAAAAAUGAGAAAUAUGUGUUUCAUUUGGUAUCUGUGGUAAAUGAUAGACUCAAAUCAUCUCAGGUAGUGUCAGCAACAAGCAAACACAAGUCUGGUGAAAUCUACGACUACCCCAAAAGAAGAUUGUGCAAUAAUUCGCAAAGACUGCCUCUCCCGUCAGGUGUCUGAAAAUAUGGUAUGUAGAUUUGGCCGGCGAAGAAGCACAGAUUAUAUCUAUCUUGUAAAUAUGUGGACGUGGACUUGCUUUUCAACUGAUCGAUUGGAAAUUCAAGCUUUUAAACAGAAACAUGAGCUGAAGGUGUGGCAAAAAAAAUUUGUUAGUCGAGUUCUCUAAUUUUUGUUUAUAUUAGCAUUGAUAAACAGAAAAAAAGGUAAGAAAGAGGAUUUAUCCAAUGCAUAUUUUUAUGUAACUAUAUCUAUUUUGUAAAUAUGUGAAACAUGAGCUAAGGUGUGGCAAAAAAAUUUAUUAGUCGAGUUCUCUAUUUUUUGUUUAUAUUAGCAUUGAGAACUAAAAAAAAGGUAAGAAAGAGAGGAUUUAUCA